UGUGCAACCACUUCCCUAUCCUAUUACUGUCAGAUCGUUCAUUAAUAAUGAAAAGGUUCCAUUAUCAUUUUCUCCAAACCAAUUCGAUCAGAAGAAAGUGUAACCACUUCCCUAUCCUAUUAUAAAGUGGCACGCAAGGUUCCCCUAAAUCAUCGCAGCGCAUCGCAAGCUUUGUUCCCCAAAGGGUUCGCACCAGUCUCACUAAACAGGGCGUCGCUAGGAGCUGCACCCUGCAAUCACGGAAUCUCCCAAUUCUUCAGUCGGCUCUUCUUCUGUCAACGAGUUCAAGCUUUACAGGCAGAUCCUGCACAUCACUGUGGGCAGAACGAUUUCCGGACAACAACCCUACGAAAAUGUCGGAAAAGAAUGGAGAUUCCAACAAGAAGGCUGCUAAAAAAGCAAACCUUCUCGAUCACGGAUCCAUCAAGCACAUCCUCGACGAGUCAGUAUCUGAGAUCGUUACCAGCAAGGGCUACAAGGAAGAUGUGAGGCUGAGCAACGUUAGAUUGCUGCUAGGAGUUUUCAUCAUCAUAAUUGCUCUCUUCGCUCAGUUCUACAACAAGAAAUUCCCAGAUAACCGGAAUUUUCUCAUUGGCUGCAUAAUAUUGUAUGUUAUAGCCAAUGCAGUUUUGCAGCUGAUUGUGUACACCAAGGAGAAGAAUGCUAUUCUAUUCACUUAUCCUCCAGUUGGAUCUUUUAACAGUACUGGCUUAGUUGUGUCUUCAAAGCUGCCCAGAUUCUCAGAUUUGUACACACUGACAAUAGCUAGUGCAGAUCCUCAGUCCAUCUCAGCUAAAACACCUGUGGAGAUCACAAAGAGCGUUACUCAAUGGUUUACAAAGGAUGGAGUUCUAGUGGAGGGACUCUUUUGGAAAGACGUGGAGACGCUAAUCAAUGAUUACGCUAAAGAAGGCAAAAAGAGCAAGUGAGAAUCAAUCAAUGAAUUUUGAAGAGUGGAACUGAUAGACUCAUCAUAGUCAGAAGGGAGAGAGAGAGAGAAAGAACAUAUUGGUUCUAACACACUGAUGUACGUGGAUUUUUUUAUAACUAUGUCUUUGCUUCGACACAAUCCCAUAGUGGUGUUACAUUGACUAUUAAUAUCGAAGCAGAUUCGGCAGAGUAUGCAUACGGUAUACACUUGGGCUUCUUUUCAUCAGCUUAGCUUCUCGGACAUGAAACAUAUUGAAAAAUGACUGUAUACCUUAUUGUUUCGGUUAUAAUAUACUUCAGUAUUAGGGAACCGGGAGAGAGGCUCUGGACUGGUUGUAGUUCAAUUCCACUCACAGGGAAUUUAUAAUCCUAAUCAGAACAGGCAGAAGGGUGAUUGGUCUCAGUUCGUCCUCUUCGGACGGGUGAUUUUGAUCAAAUUUUGAUUUACUUUCAAUCUGAUGGUCUCGGUGAGGCUGGGGGUCUGUGUCAUCCAUUCAAAAAUCUCUGCUUCAACCUUCCAUUAACCGUCUAAUUUCGAUAUUGGUCCCCUCCUCUCGUUUGUCUCGGCGUUGGGUUUAAAAAUAUUACCAAAAAUGUAUUUGAUUUGAAUAAUCUGGUCCCCUCCUCCCAUUUCCCGAUAGUAAUAACCUAUGAAGCACAAAUACUUCACUAGAGGACCGCAUUAGCGUAUCAGAAACAUUCUUGUAUCAGAUACUCUAGGUAUUGUACCGCACGUUCCCGAGUCGUAUUUGUAAUUCAUCAAAAGCUUCCAA